GCUUCAGCUGGACAUGCUGCUGUUUCUGCUGCUGCUCUGGAGGAUAAAGGGUGUGGAGGGUGGGAUUGAUGCCAUGAAGGGUUACACCCUCAACGUGGAAAGGAAGAUGGUAGUGCAGGAGGGCCUGUGUGUCCUCGUGCCCUGUAACUUCUCCUACCCCAAGGAGACAUGGAAUGACUCAGACUCAAUUCAUGGAUACUGGUUCCGGAAAAGAGCCAACAGAAAUACUGAUUCCCUGGUGGCCACAAACAACCAAAGGAGGUCGGUACAGAAAAAUACCCAAGGUCGAUUUUUCCUGCACGGAGACCUGCUGAGGAAUGACUGCUCCCUGAACAUCAGAAAGAUCAGAAAAGAGGAUGCGGGGUCAUACUUCUUUCGCAUGGAGAGAGGAACUACAAAGUAUAGUUAUCUUAAGAACACGAUGACUCUGAAUGUGACAGCCCUCACUAAUACCCCCCAUAUUCUUCUCCUGGAGACGCUUGAAGCUGGCCAUCCCAGCAACCUGACCUGCUCUGUGCCUUGGAACUGUAAGGGGAGUGCACCCCCCAUCUUCUCCUGGACUGGUACCUCUGUGUCAUUUUUGAGCACCAACACCACUGGUUCCCCAGUGCUAACCGUCAUCCCCCAGCCCCAGGACCAUGGCACCAACCUCACCUGUCAGGUGACCCUGCCUGGAACUGGCCAGGUGACCACAAGAAUAACCAUCCGUCUCAACGUGUCAUAUGCUCCAAAGAAUCUGACAGUGACCAUCUAUCAGGGAGCUGACUCAGUAUCCACAAUCCUGGAGAACAGCUCAUCUCUUCCUAUCUCUGAGGGCCAGUCACUCCGUCUCAUCUGUAGUGCCGACAGCUAUCCGCCUGCAAACCUAAGCUGGUCCUGGAAUAACCUGACUCUGUGCCCAUCAAAGUUGUCCAAACCCGGGCUCCUGGAGCUGUUUCCAGUGCAUCUUAAGCACGGAGGAGUGUACACCUGCCAAGCUCAGCAUGCCCUGGGCUCCCAACACAUUUCCCUGCUCCUGUCUCCACAGAGCAGUUCGACGUUAUCCAAAAUGAUGAUGGGGACCCUUGUGGGUUCAGGUGUCACAGCCCUCCUUUUCCUGUCUUUCUGCAUCAUCCUCCUGGCAGUAAGAUCCUACAGGAGGAAACCAGCCAGGCCAACUGUGGUAGCUUCAUAUCCAAAUGCCCUCAAGGCCUCAGUUUCUCAGAGUCCCCUGGUUGAAUCCCGGGCAGAUGACAGCUCUGAGCCCCUGCCUUCUACAGUUGAGGUGGCCUUCUCCUCCACAGAAGAGGAGAUACAUUAUGCAUCCCUCAGCUUUCAUGAAAUGAAGCCCAGGAACCCCUGGGAGCAGCAGGACACCACCACAGAGUACUCAGAGAUAAAGUUCCACAAAUGACAGCAUGGCCAUGACUGUGGCUGGAGGGAGCAUGGCAGCCACAGGAGGCUGGCUCUGGAGAAGGAUUUGCCUAGGUUGGCAUGUGCUGCACAGGACUUGAGAGACAUUCCUUUCCUGACACAGGUGUUCUGCUACUGCCCACGCCCCUGCACAGCCCUGUCCAACCACUAUUGUGCCUUGGAAAUUAUA